AUGAUUUCUCCUGGUAACGUUUUCGAGCUCGGUUUCUUCAAACUCGCCGGGUCAAAUACUAAAGAAGAUAGCGAGCGUUGGUACCUAGGCUUGUGGUUCUACAAAGCUAGUUCGAAGAUGAAACCUCUUUGGGUAGCUAAUCGAGAGACCCCCUUGUAUGAUUCCAAGGGAGCCUUAAAAAUAUACAAGUCCAACCUCGUCAUCGUCAAUCAAUCUGGAAACAUUAUAUGGUCUUCUUCGAAUGCGGUAGUCCAUUCUCCUCCUAAAGCAUCUUCGGUGGUAGCAGAGAUUCUAUCUAACGGAAACUUCGUCUUGAGAUACUCAGACAACAACAGGGGGGAUUCGUUUCUUUGGGAAAGUUUCGAUUACCCGACCGACACACUACUCCCUGGGUCUGAUUCGGCUAAAGGCGUCAACAGAAGCCUUACUUCGUGGAUAAGCAACAACAAGCCUUCUAUCGGAAUUUAUUCGUAUGCAUUGCUGAGCAGAAAUCAGGAGAUGUUUUUGUUGGACGCGAAAUCAUCACCGGUUUACAGAAGAAGUUUCGGUUUAAAGACACCUUAUGCACUUGGCAAGGGAUACUUACUGCAAGUUACAUAUGACGGAAUAUUACAGCAAUUGUCGUGGUCUCCAACUACACGUGAAAAGAACUUAAUAUGGCAUGCGCCCCGUGAUGAUUGCGAUCGUUUCGGCUUGAUUUGUGGUUCUAACAGCGUCUGCAGCCUUGAGAAGGAGGACGUGCACGAGUUUGCCAGCUGUACGUGUUUCAAAGGCUUUAAGCCAAGAAACUUGUGGGGUUGGUUGUUAACAGACAUGACAGAAGGAUGCCAGAGGAUAAGUCGGUUGAACUGUACUGGCAAUGGGUUUCAAGUUCUGAAGAAUGUCAAGUUGCCAGAUACAAAGGAUGCGGGAGUGGAGAGGAGCAUUGGUCCAAAGGAAUUUCUGAUCUACUUGAUUUACGAACACUGCAAAGUGGUCAACAAUUAUACGUCAAAAUGGCUACUAGUUAUCUCGGCAAAACUUAAAAGGUUUAGUGGAACAAUCAAAGGCGUUAUAAUUGGUGGCGGAGGAACCAUCUGCACUGUUCUGGCUUUCACCAUCUUAUGGUGGUGCUGGAAGAGAAUGCAGAAGCCAUCAGGAGCAACUGAUUUGCUAAUCGACGGAGAUAGAACUGACUCGUACGAGGUUGUAGCAGCUCGAGUUCAACGGAUAGAGUUUCUAACUAUAGCUGAAGCAACAAACGACUUUUGUGAUUCGAACAUACUUGGCAAAGGUGGAUUUGAUACAGUUUACAAGGGAAAAUUAGUUGAGGGGACAGAUAUCGCUGUGAAGAGACUGACCAGAGUGUCAGAUUCGGGAACCUCUCAGUUCUUGAACGAGGUGAAUUUAAUUUCAGAACUUCAGCACUUCAAUGUUAUUAGUCUACUUGGGUAUUGUUUCCACAGUGACGAGCACAUAUUGGUGUUCGAGUACCACGCAAAUCGAAGCCUUGAUUUGUAUAUCUUUGGAAGUACCGAAAGCUCUAAGCUAAGUUGGAAAAUAAGACACAAAAUAAUUAAAGGAAUCGCAAGAGGAAUGACGUAUCUCCACCACGAUUCAUGUGUAACGAUCAUCCACCGAGAUUUGAAAGUAAGCAACAUCUUGCUUGAUAAAGAUAUGAAUCCCAAAAUAUCGGAUUUUGGGAUUUCUCGACUAGUUAGUAGAGACCAUAUCCAAACCAACACGAAGAAGGUAUCUGGAACCCGGGGAUACAUAGCUCCCGAGUGCUGGUCUGACAAGAUAUUCACAAAAAAAACUGAUGUCUUUAGUUUCGGAGUUGUGAUUCUUGAAAUAAUAAGCGGCAAGGCGAACUAUAAGUUCACCAACUCUAAGGGAGAGACUAGUCUCCUCACAUGCAUGUGGAGGAACUGGGAAGAAGAAAGCUUGAUUGAGGUAGUUGAUCCAUCCAUUUGGAUUCAUCAUCUUCACCGUUAACAAUGAUUCAGAUCGUUCGAUAUACACAAAUUGGUCUGUUAUGCGUACAAAAUAUUCCACAAGACAGACCUACAAUGUCCUCCCUUGUGGUAAUGUUUGAAAGUUCAACCGAACUUCCUCGUCCUAAACCUCCCGUUUGUUUUAACAGUGACACUACAUACAGUACUUUUGAGACCGGUUCUACGUCUACGUCGAUCACACGGCCAACCAGCGAAUAUCAGUCAACUAUAGAACCUAGCUAAAGUUGAAAUGUUUUACUUUUCCUUAUAUAAAUAAACAUCAUGUAUGUAUUUUGUUGGAUACGGAUCCAACUUGUCUAUUUGAGUGAAGUUCUGUACGGUAAUAUUACUGGUAAGUUGUUACAAUGGAAGUUUCCAC